AUGUCGACCGGCGAAGCGGAGGUUGCCGGAGAGGCGGCUGCAUCACCAGCGCCGCCUCCGCUCGAGUGGAAAUUCGGUCAGGUUUUCGGCGAGCGGGCAGCUGGAGAGGAAGUUCAGGAUGUGGACAUCAUAUCCGCGAUUGAGUUCGAUCGCUCCGGCGAGCACCUGGCGACGGGCGACAGAGGCGGGCGAGUGGUGCUGUUUGACCGCAUUGACCUGCGCGAUGCGCGGGGCCGGCGGGAUAUGGAAGCGAGCGACUACCCCCCCGCCGCGCACCAGCAGAUCGACUACCGCUACUCCACCGAGUUCCAGAGCCACGAGCCCGAGUUCGACUACCUCAAGUCACUGGAGAUAGAAGAGAAGAUCAACAAGAUCCGGUGGGUCAACUCGUCGCAGGGCGCCCUGUACGUGCUGUCCACCAACGACAAGACCAUCAAGCUCUGGCGCGUCACCGAGCGCCGCGUCAAGGCCGUCUCGCAGUUCAACUGCCCGCCCCGCACAGCCGCAGACUACCUCGCCGCGGCUAACCCCCCAUCCGACUCAGCAGCAGCAGAUGCGCUUCCCACGCCUCCGGUUUCAGUCCCUGGCGGGCCGCAGAUCAACCCGCGGUACCUCCCGCGCCCUGGGUCGCUGUCUGCUGCAUCAGCUACGGCCAGAGCGGUGGCUGCGGGUGCUGGAGCGGUGCUGAACGGUGUGGGCGAGGGCAUGGAGCUGGAUUUCCCUCCUGGGGGGUUUCCUCAACUGCGCCUCCCUGCUGUGGUGUCAACCAACGAGACUACGCUGGUGGCGCGGUGCCGCCGUGUCUUCUCCAACGCGCACGCCUACCACAUAAACUCCAUCUCCUGCAACAGCGACCGGGAGACGUUCAUAUCAGCGGACGACCUGCGGGUGAACCUGUGGAACCUCGAGAACAACUUGCAGAGCUUCAACGUGGUGGACAUCAAGCCCGCUAACAUGGAGGACCUCACAGAGGUGAUAACAUGCGCGGAGUUCCACCCAUCGCACUGCCACUCGCUCGCCUACUCCACCUCCAAGGGCACUAUCCGCCUCAUCGACAUGCGCCAGUCUGCUCUCUGCGACCAACACUCCAAGCUCUUUGAGGAGCAGGAGCCCCCCGGCAACCGGUCAUUCUUCUCGGAGAUCAUUGCCUCUAUCAGCGAUGUCAAGUUCUCGCAUGACGGCCGUUACAUCUUCAGCCGCGACUACAUGACCGUCAAGCUGUGGGACAUUCACAUGGAAGCGCAACCAUUGGGAACAUUCAAAGUGCAUGAGUUCCUGCGACCCAAGCUGCGCGACCUGUACGAGAACGAUUGCAUAUUCGACAAGUAUGAGUGCAUAUUCUCACUUUCGCCCUUCCCCUUCCUAUGA